AUGGAUCCUGUGAACGAUAGGCAGCACAGUUCAGAUGUGUCGAGCAGCGACGAUACUGUUGAUGUCCAAGUCACCAACUACGAAAAGACACAACUGGGCCAGGCACCGUUGCCGCUCGCACCAGCACCAACACCUGCUGUACCGAUCAACGAGAAGGGAUACAAGAGCAAGGAAGGAAAGCAAGACACAGAUAGUGACGAUGGAAAAGAAGAUCCUUUUGCUCAUCUGCCCGAGCAUGAAAAGGCUGUCUUGAAGCGUCAACUGGACAUUCCGGUUGUCAAAGUCACCUACUUCAUGUUGUUCCGCUACGCGACAAGCACCGAUAAACUACUCAUAGUGCUGAGUGCACUUUCUUCCAUUAUUGGAGGCGCUCUAUUGCCACUAAUGACAAUCGUGUUUGGAGGACUUACAACGACAUUCAACAGGUUCUUCCUGGGCGAGAUUACCUCGCAACACUUCAACUCUGAGCUGUCGCGGUUUAGUCUGUAUUUCCUUUACCUGGCUAUCGGAGAAUUUGUGUUUGUGUAUAUUGCCACGGCCGGAUUUCUUUACACUGGCGAGCAUAUUGCGGGAAAGAUUCGCCAGAACUUUUUGAAAGCCAUUCUCCGCCAAAACAUCGCCUUCUUUGAUCAACUUGGUGCAGGAGAAAUUACUACCCGUAUCACUUCAGAUACCAACCUUGUCCAGGAUGGUAUAUCCGAGAAGGUAGGAUUGACACUCACCGCCCUUGCCACGUUCAUUACUGCGUUUGUGGUGUCGUUCAUCAAGGACUGGAAGUUGACCUUGAUUCUUAUGUCGACUGUUUUUGCUAUCGUCUUCACUAUGGGCGGUAUGAGCGGUUUCAUUGUCAAGUUCAACAAGGCAUCUUUGUCCUCGUAUGCCGAAGGUGGUACUGUUGCUGAGGAAGUCAUCAGCUCUAUCAGAAACGCCAAAGCAUUCAACACCGAAGCCAAGUUGACCAGAGCAUACGAUACGCAUCUUGCUGUGGCUGAAGUCUGGGGUUUCAAGAUGAAGGCUGUCACUGGUUCGAUGAUUGGAUUUUUGAUGUGCUACGUCUACUUGAAUUACUCACUGGCUUUUUGGAUGGGUUCGCGCUACCUCGUCAGCGAACGUAUCAACGUUGGUACAGUUCUGACCAUUAUAUUGUCGAUUAUGAUUGGAGCCUUCGCUCUAGGCAACGUCGCUCCCAACAUCCAGGCUUUCACCACCAGUGUUGCCGCUGCCGCCAAAAUCUUCGCUACCAUCGACCGCGUGUCCCCCCUGGAUCCUGCUUCUGAAUCGGGCGAGACCUUGAAGGGUGUCGAAGGCCACAUUGAGCUACGCAACAUUCGUCACAUCUACCCAUCUCGUCCGGAAGUCACUGUCAUGGAGGAUGUCAGUCUUAUUGUUCCCGCAGGCAAGACGACUGCUUUGGUUGGUGAAUCUGGUUCAGGAAAGUCUACCAUUGUUGGUCUCGUCGAACGCUUCUACGAUCCGGUUGGUGGUACCGUGUACCUUGACGGCCAAGAUAUCUCUGGUCUCAACCUACGCUGGCUUCGUCGCCAGAUUUCACUCGUCAGUCAGGAACCUACACUGUUUGCUACGACUAUUUUUGGCAAUAUUCGUCAUGGAUUGAUCGGUACUGCCCACGAGUCCGAGUCUGAGGAAAGGAUUCGUGAAUUGGUCGAAAAUGCCGCCAAAUUCGCCAACGCCCAUGACUUUAUCACUGGCUUACCUGAAGGCUAUCAAACUAACGUCGGCGAGCGUGGUUUUCUUCUUUCCGGUGGACAAAAACAACGUAUUGCUAUCGCUCGCGCAAUGGUCAGUGACCCUAAAAUUCUGCUCCUAGAUGAAGCGACAUCAGCAUUGGACACCAAAUCCGAGGGCGUUGUGCAGGCCGCUCUCGAUAAAGCCGCUCUUGGCAGAACAACUAUUGUCAUUGCUCACAGACUCUCUACUAUCAAGGGUGCUGACAAUAUUGUUGUAAUGUCUCGUGGCCGCAUCGUGGAACAGGGUACCCACGAUGUCUUGCUUGAAAGCAGGGGAGCUUAUUUCAACCUGGUUGAAGCUCAAAGAAUUGCUGCUGAAAACGAGCACAAAGAUCAGGAAGAGAUUGCUUUGGUCGAAGAGAAGGACGAAAACCUCACUCGUGUUGCCACCAGAGGAGAAGAAACUGAGGAUGGCCUGAAGCUUGCUCGCACUCAAACCGGCAAAUCGCAGUCUAGUAUUGCUCUCGCCAAUAAGAAGGCUGAGGUCGAGCAUCGUUACUCUCUGUGGACCCUCAUCAGGCUUGUCGCCAGCUUCAAUAGAAAGGAGUGGCUCUACAUGACUAUCGGUAUCAUCUGCUCGGUCAUUACUGGAGGUGGUAACCCAACACAAGCCGUCUUCUUCGCCAAGGCGGUCACUGCUCUAUCUGGACCAAAUGACACUCCUGAGCACAAGGCCACAAUUCGCCACGAGGCAAACUUCUGGUCAUGGAUGUACUUCAUGCUUGCCCUAGUGCAACUCGCUGCUUUCCUCAUCCAGGGAUAUGUCUUCGCCGUUUGCUCAGAAAGACUUGUUCACCGGGCUCGCGAACAAGCCUUCAAGACUAUGCUUCGCCAGGAUAUCGCUUUCUUCGAUGAGGAAGAGAAUACCGCUGGUGCUUUGACCUCCUUCUUGUCAACAGAGACCACGCAUCUGGCCGGCAUGUCCGGUGUCACUCUGGGAACGCUUCUCUCUGUCAUUGUUACAUUGAUCGCCGCUUUCACGGUGUCUCUAGCUGUCAACUGGAAGCUCAGUCUGGUUUGUAUCUCGACCGUUCCAAUCCUACUCGCCUGCGGUUUCCUCCGUUUCUGGAUGCUGGCUCGUUUCCAGGCCACAGCUAAGAAGGCCUAUGAGAAGUCUGCCAGUUAUGCCUGCGAGGCUACUUCUGCUAUCCGCACUGUCGCCUCCUUGACCAGGGAGGACGACGUCCAUUUCCAUUACCAUGACCAGCUCGCUGAACAAGAGCGCAAGUCCUUGAUCUCCAUCUUGCGUUCCUCCAGUCUUUAUGCUGCUUCUCAAUCACUCAUCUUUUGUUGUACUGCUCUCGGAUUCUGGUAUGGAGGAACACUCAUUGCUAAGCUCGAGAUUGGCUCUUUCCAGUUCUUCCUGUGUUUCAGUGCUGUCAUCUUCGGCGCCCAAUCUGCCGGCACCAUCUUCUCCUUCGCUCCUGACAUGGGUAAAGCCAAGCAAGCCGCUGCAGAGCUCAAGGCUUUGUUCGACCGCAAGCCUGAAAUCGACAGUUGGAGCGAGGAUGGCGAGAAGCUCUCGAGCGUAGAGGGUCACAUUGAGUUCAGGGAUGUUCACUUCCGCUACCCUACUCGCCCCGAACAGCCAGUUCUCAGAGGUCUCAACUUGACCGUCAAGCCCGGUCAAUACGUGGCUCUCGUCGGUGCCAGUGGCUGUGGUAAGUCGACGACUAUCCAACUAUUGGAACGUUUCUAUGAUCCCCUGGCUGGUGGUGUCUAUAUGGACGGAAAGGAAAUUUCGAGCCUCAACGUCAACAACUACCGCUCAUGGAUCGCCCUGGUUUCUCAAGAGCCUACUCUUUACCAGGGUACUGUCAAGGAGAAUAUCCUCUUGGGUGCCGACAGGGAGAACGUUCCGCAGGAAUCCAUCGAACAGGCAUGCAAGGACGCCAACAUUUACGACUUUAUUAUGUCCUUACCCGACGCUUUCGACACCAUCGUCGGCAGCAAGGGUUCGAUGCUCAGUGGAGGACAAAAGCAACGCAUUGCAAUCGCCAGAGCAUUGUUGCGUGAUCCCAAAAUCUUGCUCCUAGACGAAGCCACCUCUGCUUUAGACAGUGAAUCGGAGAAAGUGGUCCAAGCAGCACUGGACAAGGCAGCAAAGGGCCGUACGACCAUCGCCGUCGCACAUCGUCUGUCGACUAUUCAACGCGCGGAUAUGAUCUAUGUGUUUGAUGCUGGAAGGGUGGUUGAGGCUGGCACACAUGCCGAGCUUCUACACCUGAGAGGACGCUACUUUGAGCUUGUCAAUCUGCAGAGUUUGGGCAAGGCACAGUAA